AUGUCAUCAGUUCGUCAUGUGGACAAAAAUAUCAUAUUUGUGCUCAAGGACUAGUAGUAAAAUAACGAAAUGAAACGAUAAAGUAUAUAAUUAACAAAUAUAUAGUCCGCAAAAUUAAUAAAGAGAAACUAAAAAUAAUCUUGUAAAUAAGUGGAUGCAAAGCUUCUCAUUCGUAUCACCUUUGUGAAAAAAUAUUUGUUUAAAUACUCAGUAAAUUGUCUGGUACAAAAAAAGUCAAUACUUUUAGAAAAUAUUGAGAAGCAAAAGAAUGCCAUGCUCUUUGAUCAAAUUUCUAGUCACUAAUUUAAAUAAAUUACUAUAACUGAAAAAGAGUUUAAGGAACAUGUAUUUAGUUCACUCCUUGAAAAAAAAUAUAUUUAAGUCAAAGGAGAACUAUAUAGAGAAGAUUUCGAAAUAGCAUGGAAUCUGACAGAAAAGAAACAACCAUUAAUAAUAUUGUUGGGUGGUACAUCAGGUACAGGUAAAAGUACAGCAAGCAGUAUUUUGGCAUCAAGAUUUGGGAUAUCUACAGUUUUAAGGUAAGAAUAAGAUUAUUAUUAAAAUAGUACAGAUUCUAUAAGACAUAUUAUGAGGAAUUUCCUAUCGAAAGAUGAUAAUCCAGUAUUAUUUGCUAGUACAUAUGAAGCUGGUAAGACCUUGCCAGACUUAAAUAUUAGUGAUCAAAGAAGGAUUAUCAAAGGCUAUAAAGCAUAAUGCCAUUUAGUUUAAUAGAGAUUAGAAUAUGUCAUAGAGACUUUUAAUGAAAAGAUGGAGUCAAUUAUUAUCGAGGGAGUACAUUUGACGCCAAUAUUCAUGAUGAAAAUGAUGAAAAAAUACAAGAGAGUGUUACCGUUUGCUAUUUGUAUUAAGAAGGAAUCAAAACAUAAAGAGAGAUUUGCAGUUAGAUCUAAAUAUAUGACCUUAGAUUCAAGACAUAAUAAAUAUAUUGAAAACUUUCAGAAUAUUAGAUUAAUACAGAAAUGGUUCUUGGAAAAAGCAGAUGAAUUUCUAAUUCCUAAGGUUGAUAAUGUUAAUGUUGAUAAAAGUAUUGACACCAUCCAUAGAACCAUAAUACAAUAUAUUAAACAUUCCUGUGAAGAUUUGUAAAUUAAUGAACUCAAGAAUGCAUUACCCAUUUAUGAAGAAUUUAAUAAAAUUAUCAGCAAUGUAAUCAGUGAUGCUUAAAAUUCUAAAGAAGUUAAGGAUUAUAUUCAUAGUAAAGUCAAUAAAUCAGAAAUAGUUGAAUAAUUUAUUCAAUAGAUGAAUGAGUAUUAAGUUGACACAGGCACUCCUCCCAUUCAAGAAAGUGAUAAAUCCAAUCCUAAGGUACUCAUCCAACAGUCUGUAUAAAAGUUCAAUGAAAUCAAUUCUAAAAAUGAAAAAGCAGAUAAUUAAAAUAAUUUAACCAAUAAAACAGAGGUCAAUUACAUUGUUGAUGACUAAAAUGAAAAGAAGGAUAAUAUUAAUCAUAUCAGCGAUUAAGAAGAUGAAACUGAAGAACGAAGAAGAAGGAAUCAAGAUACAAAUACUAUCGAAAAGUUAAAAAAGACUAAGUCCUUAGAAACGCUUGUGACAGUUGCAAAUGAAGAAUAGAUUUAAAAGGAACCCAUCAAAGAAUAGACUGUUAAAAAGAAUUUGAGAGUUGUGUUCCAGGAACUAGAAAAUGAAAAGGAAGAAUAAGAAUUCACUGAAUAACGACCUCAUAAGACUAAUUACAAAGGGAUUCUUCAACAUCUAACCAAACAUAAAAGAAUAUUUAUUAGUAAGAGUAUUCCAUCAUCCAAUCUUAUUUUUAUAAAGAAAAUGAUAUCCAAUUAUAAUAAGAAUUAUCAAAGUCAUGAUAGAAUUAAGUUACUCUAAAACAAUGAUGGAAGUUAUUGUUUAUUUAAAAUUAAUGUACAAAAAAUUCAUAGAAAAAAUGCAUCCAGGGAAGAAUCUUCAAGUGAACCUGAUGAUAAGUAAUUCCUUGUUAUUUAUUAUUAGUGAUUAAUCUAUUGCUCAAUAAGGCAAAUCAUUCAUGACUCCAUCUAACUUCCCAUUUAGUGAAAGAAGAGAUCAGUCGGAUGGAGACUCUGUAAGAUUUCGAAAUGAUGGAAUCAGUGACGAAGAAGAAAUUGAAAAUGAUAAUGAUGAUGUUAAUUCUGUUGAAGGUACUCAUAUAUCUAAUUUUAGAAGUAUCCAGUUCUGAGGAAGGAGGAGAUUUAGAAAAUUUGAAAUCUAAAAUGAAUGAUGAUGAAGAAGACUAUUUUGAACUCUAAAAUAUCAUAGAGGAGGAUGAGUUUUAAGAGGAGAUAGAUUAGCCAAUGCAUAAUGAUUUGAUUCAAUAGAAAGUUGUUUGAUUGUUUGAAUUUUUAAAUUAAUUUCUCAUUAUCAUAAUUUUUAUAUUUCAUCAGAAUUUAAUUUAAAAGGGGGUAGGUUUAAUCUAAUUUUAGCAAACAAACUUAUUAUAAAUUGGAAUUCAAGACUUUCUAAAAUUGUAAUAAUAAUAAACACAUAUGAAUAAAACUUAAGUCGUCCCUCAACAAGACUAAAAUAUUGGUUUGACAUUGAGCUUCAAAAACCUGAGUUACAAAGUAAAUCAAGGCAAAAAUAGUGAAUCGGAAGGUAGAACUAUAUUAAACGAUAUUUCCGGAAUUUGUCCUCCUGGAAAAGUCACAGCUAUUCUAGGAGCUUCAGGAGCAGGAAAAACUUCAUUACUUAAUAUCUUGGCUUAGAGAAUUUCCAAUAAAGGCAAUGUCUAAAUAACAGGGGAUAUUUUGGCCAAUGGGAACCAUUAUGAUAGUGAAAAAUUCGCUAGAUUUUCUGGCUAUGUAAUGUAAAAUGAUAUCCUAUUUGCCACUUUAACAGUCAAAGAAACCUUAGAAUUUGUUUCAAAUCUGAAAUAUACUAAUGUAAAUGAAAAACAAUAAAGAGUUAAUUAUGCCCUCAAGACUUUGAAAUUAGAAAAAUGCUAAAAUACUCUAGUAAUUACUUGAAUUUAUAAUAGAUUGGAAAUGAGUUGCUAAAAGGUAUUUCUGGAGGAGAGAGGAAAAGAACUUCCAUUGGAGUUGAAUUAGUAAGAGAUCCACAAUGUAUACUCUUAGAUGAACCAACAUCUGGAUUAGAUUCUUUCACUGCUUUUGUUAUUAUGUAUAAAAACAUAAUUAUUUAGAAAUCUAUUAAAAAAAUUAUCAGUUGUUUCCAAAAGAACUAUCAUUUUCACUAUACAUCAACCAAGUUCUGAUAUUUAUUUGUUAUUCGAUCAAAUAUUUUUGCUUGCAAAGGGGAGAUUCGUAUAUUAAGGGUCUAGAGAUAAAAUGAUUGAUUAUUUUUAAUUAAUCGGUUUUGAAUGUCCGAAAAAAGCAAAUCCUUUGGACUAUUUCAUAUCACUUAUACAGAGUGGUGAUAAUAAAUAAUAAGAACUUCAAAAUCUAUUUAAAGGAUAUGAUAAUUAAAUAUAGCCUUAAAUUGAAGAAUAAUUAUCCAGAAUUCAACCUACGAAAAUCUAAAAUGAAUAAUAUUAAGCUAGUUUUAAAUAAUAAGUAACUCAGAUCUUAAAGAGAGGUAUCCUAAAUGUAAAAAGGGAUAAAAUAUUGGUAAGAAGCAGAGUUGUAAUGGCAGUGUUUCUUGGAUUAUUAGUUGGAGGUAUCUUUUGGGGUGCUGCAAAUGAGCCUGGAUAUAAGGGUACUUAAAGUACUACAGGAGGACUAUUCUUUCUCGUUAUGAGUAGUUUUAUGACAGCACUAAAUCCUGUGAUAGUUCAGUUUCCAUAAGAAAGAGAUGUAUUUUUAAGAGAAGAAAACUCAAAACUGUAUUCAACAUUCGCUUACUUUGUUGGGAAGAGUUCGAUAGAAAUACCAUUUUUAAUAGUUUUCCCUAUUAUCUAAUAAUUAAUAUGUUAUUGGAUGAUAGACCUAAAUGAUUAAACUGGUAGCAUCGUAAUAAUUAAUAUUCUUGUAUGUAUUUUGUUAGGAUUAAGCGGGAAUAGCAUGGGUAUUUAUUAUAGUAACUCAAUAAGGUUUGA